AUAUGUUCUCUUGACUGUUCCACAUUUUUGCGUACCUAAUUCAUCCGACGCCUCCUUCUCCAAACUCCCAUUCCGAUCAUCUCUCUCGCCCUAAUUCCGACGAUUUCAUGGCCCAUCCCUUUCUACCUCCUCUGAUCCGUCUCCUUUUCGCUUUUCUCUUCCUCUCCUCGACCAUCGCAACCUCCGAUGUUCCAUUCAUUGUCGCCCACAAGAAGGCUUCCCUCACUCGCCUCAAAUCCGGCGCCGAACGCGUCUCUGUCUCAAUCGACAUUUACAAUCAGGGAUCUUCGACCGCAUAUGAUGUAAGUCUGAAUGAUGCAAGCUGGCCAGGAGAUAUGUUUGAUAUUGUGAGUGGUGAGACCUCCAACUCGUGGGAAAGACUUGAUGCUGGUGGCCAUGUAUCUCAUUCAUUUGAAUUGGAAGCAAAAUCGAAAGGAAUGUUUCAUGGUUCACCUGCUGUUGUCACAUUCCGUGUCCCUACAAAGUCUGCUUUACAGGAGGCCUUAUCAACCCCAAUUCUACCUUUGGAUGUCCUCGCUGACAGGCCACCAGAGAAGAAGUUUGAGUGGGUAAGUUUAUCCCUAUCCCUAGAAUGUCUUCUCCACUUCAAGCUUAAUGAUUUAAAGUCUUGUCAAUUUGGUUAACUGGAGCAAUACUUUUGCCUUUGCAUGGAAUUUAUCUCUCUGGGGGCGUUAUUUCAACAGGUUAAGAGACUGCUCACAAAGUACGGUUCUCUGAUCUCAGUGAUCUCCAUCAUCGUUCUCUUCAUCUAUCUUGUGGCUAGCCCAUCAAAAUCUGCUGCAAAAGGAAGCAAGAAGAAGCGUUAAUUGAAGAAUGGGAAGAAGAAAAAUAGGUAUAACUGUGUUUUACCCAAAAUUUGAGAGAGGAUGAUAUAUUUGGCUGAUGAUAAUAUUUUGUUGGGUUAGGAAAGGUACAGAAACUUUUUGAGUUGAUAGAUUUUCUUUGACCCCUAAUGAAGUAGAGCCGGAGGAAACAGAGUUUAAUUAUAGACAUCCACGAGAAUCAGUUAAAAGUUCAAACAAAUGGUGCCAGUAGUUGAGUUGUUGGGUUUUUUUUUUUUUUUUUUUAAAGUUAUAUUUCGGAUCUGUUCAUCAUGUUACUGAGUUGUUUCUUCUUUCUUAGCCAUGAAUCUCAUCUUCAUUUUCUUUGCUUCUAUAUAACCUCCAAUGGCGAAAUGAUUCCAAGGUACAAGAGUCCACACCACAUAAACUAAGUUUAGUUUUGAUUUAAUUAUAUCACAUAUAUUUCAAUUUGUGUUUGUA